AUGUCACACCGUGCGGGUGUCGAACUGGACACUGUUGUUGCUAAACACCCAAUCGGAGCUGCCUGCACACCAGCAGAGGGAUCAAAUGGUGACUGCUUGGAUGUCAACGCCGUUUGUUCAGCAAAAACCAACAAGUGUGAAUGUAAACCUGGAUACACCGGACCUGCUGGAGGAAAAUGUGUUGCUAAACCCCCAAUCGGAGCUGCCUGCACACCAGCGGAGGGAUCAAAUGGUGACUGCUUGGAUGUCAACGCCGUUUGUUCAACAAAAAGCAAGAAGUGUGAAUGUAAACCUGGAUACACCGGACCUGAUGGAGGAAAAUGUGCUCUCCUGAGCAACGUGGCACUUGACUCCCCAUGUGCAUACACCGAUGGAGGUCAGUCGAACUGCGCCGACGCCAACGCCGUCUGUACACCACAGACUACCCCGACGUGUCAGUGCAAUGCUGGACACUACAAGUCUGGAUCAGCCUGCAUUGCUAAACACCCAAUCGGAGCUGCCUGCACACCAGCAGAGGGAUCAAAUGGUGACUGCUUGGAUGUCAACGCCGUUUGUUCAGCAAAAACCAACAAGUGUGAAUGUAAACCUGGAUACACCGGACCUGAUGGAGGAAAAUGUGUUGCUAAACCCCCAAUCGGAGCUGCCUGCACACCAGCGGAGGGAUCAAAUGGUGACUGCUUGGAUGUCAACGCCGUUUGUUCAACAAAAAGCAAGAAGUGUGAAUGUAAACCUGGAUACACCGGACCUGAUGGAGGAAAAUGUGUUCUCUUGAACAACGUGGCACUUGACUCCCCAUGUGCAUACACCGAUGGAGGUCAGUCGAACUGCGCCAACGCCAACGCCGUCUGUACACCACAGACUACCCCGACGUGUCAGUGCAAUGCUGGACACUACAAGUCUGGAUCAGCCUGUAUUGCUAAACACCCAAUCGGAGCUGCCUGCACACCAGCAGAGGGAUCAAAGGGUGACUGCUUGGAUGUCAACGCCGUUUGUUCAGCAGAAACCAACAAGUGUGAAUGUAAACCUGGAUACACCGGACCUGCUGGAGGAAAAUGUGCCUCAAACAAAGGGGUGGCCCUAGGACAGGUGGCUGUGUGGACUCUCUGUAUGACCAUCUUGACCGUGUCGCUGGCUGUCAACGUGGUGUAGCGCUCAGUCAAGUCAUCUUCAACAUGCUGAACGUGUCUGACCCUUUCCGUCCAGGACAAUGAAUAUUCUUUACUGAACUUUUUCUUUCACAAUUAUUAUUGUGUAGUCUAACAUUUUAGUUGUUUACUGUCUUUUUCAAUGUUUUUUUAAUUAAAUAUUUCGCAUGGCAAUCAGGAGCUUCAUAUACUCUAGAUGAAGAUGUCCCGCACAAAGUAAAAUCUUAUUUCUGCAAGAUCUUAGACUUCAUCAUACAUAAAACUGCCAGCUGUUGCUCCUGCCGCCAUCUGUUUUCAGAUAUGAUCUAUGGAAAAUACAUAGUGAAGAAAAUGACGGCAGAUGCAAACAUUACCAGUUUUACAAACA